AAAUAAUGAUGUCAUCAUUGCGCGACGUCCUAUACGCGCUGUUUUCUGUCAAACAGAUGCUGGUGUAAACAUAGACUUGACAUGGCCUUAGCAGGCGUGCGUGUGAUUGAGCUGGCAGGACUGGCCCCUGCACCUUUUUGUGGCAUGAUCCUGGCAGACUUUGGGGCCAAGGUGAUCCGUGUGGACAAGACAAAGGUGGCCAUGGCCAUAGACACACAGGCCAGGGGCAAGCAGUCCGUGGCCCUCAACCUCAAGCACCCACGUGGCGUAGCUGUGCUCAGGAGACUUUGUUUGCAGUCCGAUGUCCUCAUCGAGCCUUUUCGUCAUGGUGUGAUGGAGAAGCUCGGUCUCGGUCCUGAGGAGCUUCUGAAGGACAACCCUCGCCUCAUCUACGCCCGCCUCACCGGCUACGGCCAGACCGGCUCCUACUCCAAAGCGGCCGGCCAUGACAUCAACUACCUGGCCAUGUCAGGACUGCUCUCUAUGCUGGGGCGUAGCCACGAGAAGCCAUAUGCGCCCCUCAACCUGGUGGCGGACUUUGCCGGCGGAGGCCUCACCUGCGCCCUUGGGAUUGUGCUGGCCCUCCUUGAGCGCAACCAGUCGGGCAAAGGCCAGGUGGUUGAUGCCAGCAUGGUGGAAGGAGCAGCGUACGUGGGUUCCUUCGUGUGGAAAUCCAGAAGCAUCGGCUUGUGGAACCGAGGCCGGGGGGAGAACCUCCUGGACAGCGGGGCUCCAUUCUACGACACGUACCGCACCUCGGAUGGCAAGCAUAUGGCCGUGGGUGCCAUAGAACCACAGUUCUUUGAACAACUUAUCCAAGGCUUGGGAUUGGACGCCUCCAGCCUACCUUCCCAGAUGAGCGUCUCCGAUUGGCCGGAGAUGAAGGAGACCUUCGCCCGUACGUUUGCCACCAAGACGCAGGCCGAGUGGGGCAAGAUCUUUGACGGCACGGACGCCUGUGUGACCCCCGUGCUGUCGCUGGACGAGGUCAGCGCACACCCCCACAACCAGCAAAGAGGCUCCUUCCUGCGGGACGCCCAAGGAGAGGAGAGCCCCAGGCCGGCUCCGGUUCUCUCCCGCACCGCCGCCCAGCCCAGCCUGGCCCGGGACCCCUUCAUCGGGGAGCACACGCGGCCUGUGCUCCAGGACUUUGGCUUCACGGCCAAGGAGAUCGAGCAGAUGGAGGCAGAGGGCAUAGUGGAGUGUAAGGAGACCAAAUCUCGCCUGUAAAAGGGCCCAAAGAGUAGAGUUUGGCUGUGAGCAACUGGACUCUAUAUUGUUGGAGCUUGAAAGGGCCUGUCCAUCACACGCCCAGAUGCCAGUAAAUGUGAUAGAUGAUAUAGUAGCACACAGGGCAAUUUUUUUUAGUGAUGUGUCUGGUCAACAAUAUGAUAAAAUGUUGUUUACCACCAACACUUUCAUCAAGAGCACUUGUAUCUAGCAGCAGCAACUUCUUUUGACCAUUCCAUCCAGCCAUUGAAAGUCAAUUGGGAUUCCAAGCAACAUUGGUCAAGAAGUUGCCCUGUAUAUUAUUAUUGCCUGAAAGGCCCCAAAGAGUUUAGCUGUAAGCAUUUCUGGACUCUUUAUUUGAGCUUUAAAAGACCUUUCCAUCACACACCUUCACACCGUGCCAAUGACCUACCGAAUACCACUGCCAUCCAUCAUGUCCGAACUCAAUGGGAAAUAGAGGGUUGUCAGAGAGAAGUGAAGUCUAUAAAGGUGAUUAUUACACAGGGCAACUUCUUCAGCAAUGUGUCUGGGCAGGGAUAUGAUUAAAAUAUUGUUUGGACUGUUUAUCACUAAUACUUGUAACACUCUGAGAACUUUAAUUAUAUCAAAGCGUUAUAGAUAAAAAGUUGCAAUGCUCGCUGAAAUGUUGCCCUAUGUAUCAUCACGCCCAAAGUGUUUUAAUUGUAAGCAACAGUGGACUGUUUUUAUUGAAACUUGAAAAGACCCGUCCAUCACAGCACACCCACACCCCAGCCAACCACUCACCUACCGAAUCCCACUGGCCUGGCCUCCAUCGUGACUGGACUCAAUGGCAAAACGAAAAGAUGGCUGUCAGGGAGACGUGAAAGUCUGUAAUCAAAUUUGUGUCCUUACAUUACAUCACCUAAGUGCUGUCACAAGCAGGUGCCUUGGCUUAGGGCCAGGAACUGUACUUAUGCCUAGAAGGCUAGAAAAUUGCCUGGAAAUGACAUCCCUCAGUUCCUGUGCAGUCCCAUGUCUAUGAUUAGAUCAGUUUUGACAUUUAUGUAUAAUUUUCUUCACAAGCAUAUCAAUGUUCUUUUGUUGUUUGUUUUGCCUGAUGGUAAAAAGCUAAAAUCAAUGUAUUCGUUUUGUCAAUUGCAUUGUCUUUCAGUUAUUGUAAUGAAAAAAUGCCUGAUCCUAUAAAGCGUAUUGUUUUUGUUCUUUUAA